AUGUCUUCAACGUCCUACCCACCUGAGGACCCUACCGACAAGACCAAUGCCUCUCAAGGACUGAUCACCAGUCUCGAGCCCUGUGUGGUCUACUCCGACACCGACCCUGGCCGAGCCAUCUGGGAUAACGACUCUUUUGACUUCUUAGCAGAAGAGUACCCUUCCCAUUUCGCCAACCCGUCGCUGUGGAGACAGUCUCAGCUUUGCCACAAGCAAGGUCUCUUCAAAGUUCAGGAUGGGAUUUACCAGGUCCGCGGACUGGACCUCUCCAACAUCACUUUCGUCGAGUGUCCGAAUACAAAAGGCGUGGCCGUUAUUGACCCACUGACCUGUGUCGAAACCGCCAAGAAGGCGCUGGGCCUAUACCAAGGCCAGUUUCCGGAUCGGGUUAUCAAAGCCCUCAUCUACACCCAUUCUCAUGUAGACCACUUCGGCGGAGCCAAAGCCAUUGCAGAUGCCGCUGCCGAGGGUCUGAAGGUGUACGCGCCUAAUGGAUUCCUUGAACAUGCCGUGAGCGAGAACGUCUACUCUGGGAACGCCAUGGGCCGUCGUGCGGUCUACAUGUACGGCGAGUCUCUCCCCCGGCAGCGGGACGGCCAGAUCGGCUGCGGGCUGGGUCUCACCGUUUCAAUAGGUGUAUCGGGACUGAUUCCGCCCACGACUAACAUCCACCAGUCGGGGGAGAAGAUCAUCGUAGACGACGAUCUGGAAAUCGAAUGUCAGUUAACCCCAGGCACGGAGGCGCCGGCCGAGAUGAACAUGUAUUUCCCGCAGUAUAACGCUCUGUGCAUGGCCGAAAACGCCACUCACACUCUGCACAACAUCCAAACCCUGAGGGGGGCCUUGGUCCGCGACGCCCGUGUCUGGGCUAAAUACCUGGAUGAAGCGAUCGUGCGCUAUGGGAAGGACGCCGAUGUCGUAUUCUCCAGCCAUCACUGGCCGACAUGGGACAACGAGAACGUCAAUGACUUCCUGACCAAGCAGCGCGACCUCUACGCCUAUCUGCAUAACGAAACUCUCCGUCUUCUCAACACGGGCCAAACCGGCAUAGAAAUUGCGGAACAAUUCCAGCUCCCGCCAUCCUUGAACAACGCCUGGAGUGCGCGCGGCUACUACGGUUCAAUCAGCCACAACGUCAAGGCGAUCUAUAACCGCUACAUGGGCUGGUUCGACGGAAACCCGGCUCACCUAUGGGAGCACCCGCCGGUGGCAUCCGCAACGCGCUACGUGAAAUGCAUGGGCGGGAUAGAGAAAGUGAUCGACCUGGCCAAAGAGUUCGCGGACGAGGGCGACCUUCGCUUCGCCACAACACUCCUGAACCAUGCCGUGUAUGCAGACCAAAACAAUGAGCGGGCCCGAAACGAGCUCGCAUCCGUCUAUCGCAAACUGGGCUACGGCGCAGAAAACGGCGCCUGGCGUAACUUCUAUCUGACGGGGGCGCGCGAGCUGAACCCUCAGAACAAACCGCAGGGUUCCCAGUUAUCCAUGUCGGUGGAGCUAUUGAUGGCGCUUGAUUUGGAGCAAUUGUUUGAUACUAUUGCUAUGCGGGUGGAUGGACCGAAGGCAUGGGGUCGGUCGUUCGCGAUUGACUUCAUGAUCGCGGGCAUGCGCCGGGGGUGGCAUUUGAAUUUGAGCAAUGGUGCCAUCACUGGCCAUGAAAUCGUGUACCGGGAGCCGAAGGACGCGGCAGAUGCAACUUUGGUGGUUUGGUUGACACAUAGGGAUCUGGUUGCUUUGGUUGCUAGAGACCGAAAGAGCCUGGAUGGCCUCACUACGACUGGAGACGUGAAAUGUUGGGAGACGUUGGCGUCGUUGCUCACUACACCUGACCCUGCUUUUGCGAUUGUAACACCCAGUGCGAUAUAUAGUUCAUCUACCUAA